UUGGUGUCGCUAGCUGAGAAUUGGUUGCUUCUAUCAUAAUUUCUACCCGUAAAGUAGAUUACUGUUCCAAUUUCGUGUAAUACCUAACCCAUUUUAAUUUCUCAUUUUGGAAGACCAGAAUUUAAGAAAGAAAGCAAAAAUUUCAGCUUUUCUUGUGAUAAGACUGAUAAAUUGUUUGUUUUUUGGUUUUUAGAGACCAAGAGUAACCACACGCAUUUUAAAACUAAUGACUACUCUAAACUCUAAUCAUAAAAGGGCUAAAGGCAUACGUAUAGUUAGUUAAUUUCACUAGUAAUUUUUUAAGCCCCCACUUUUAAAAAUUGUUGAAGAUAUCACCAGUUCGCACUGGAAAAAUCAAACUGAUCUUUUUCAAAAGAACCAAAACAGAUAACACCAGAUGGCCAACUUUUCGGGCCGAUCCCUACUAGUGACUACACCUACACCACUCAGUAUAAAAUCUUCCUAUGUUGAAAUUCCGAGUGUUUUGUUCAACAAGCGGUGGUAUCGGUUGCGGCGCUCGUUGUUGGCUCUGCGUCCGUUGGUUAUUUACCUGUGUCUGCCUCUGUUGCCUCAACUUGUUUGUUGCUUUUGGUCGCCAGGGGAUAGCCGUAGUAUACUAGUGAUCAGAGUUUCAUGCAGACAUUGUUGCGUAGAACUGUAAUACUGAGCGAAGAAAGCCACAGUUCUUUUAAUCGCGUAGUGUUCUUCUUUUCUGAACACCUCAGUCAGUGAGCAGAAGUCAGCGCAAGUGUUUGUUCAAAAUAUUCCGUCCAGCUUACGUGUUCACACUCAAGACCACAGUUCGGUCAUGCAUGUGUUCCAAACGCUGUUUUCGCGACUAGAUCGCCAUCGUGUGUUUUACGUGCUAUGGCUUCUCUUCUUGCUUAACAUCUUCACCUUCAAGCAGCUGACGCUCAGUGAGGAUGACAAUGACAGUAAAGAGAUGGUUAUGGUCAAGCGCAUUGACCGAUCCAUCCUUCGGCAACUUGACAUGAAAAAAAUUCUCAUGUGGAAUCCAUGGUAUGGUGACUUUGGCUUCGCGCUAGACGACGAUUUUGCUUUCAGUCGUGUGGGAUGCAAGUUUACCAACUGUAUCUUGUCAAAAAACAAAAAUAUAGUUACGCCGGAACAGGCAGAUGCAAUAGUCUUCCUCUACACGAACUUGUGUGAGUUACCAAAAGUUCACGGCCGCCAGGAAUUUCAGCGAUUCGUUUUGUUAACGGAUGACCCCCCAAUGUGCUACCCACGAAAUUAUUUCGAAAGGACGAACCUGUUUGGAAGUUUCUUCAAUUGGACAAUUUCUUACCGCGAAAAUGCCGAUGUAACAUGGAAGAGGGGCUGGAUCGAGAAGCUGGAAAAGCCAACAAAGAAGAAUUCUCUCACACAAAUCCGGUUGCGAACUUAUGAUAAGAAAAAGAAACUAGUCGGUUGGUACGUAGCUCGAUGUGGAUCCAUGAGCAAGCGCGAAGGAUACAUUAAUGAGUUGAAAGAAUAUAUACAAGUGGACAGCUUCGGCCCGUGUGGCAAUAUGAGCUGUCCUGAAACCAAUGGAUCGCCAGGUGAAGCCCUUCAACCCUGUCUCGAUAUGUUAGCCGAUAACUACAAAUUCGUUCUGGCAUUCGAGCGUUUUAUUUGUGACGAUUUUGUCACCAAAAGGUUUUUUGAUAUUCUCAGCCGUGAAACAGUGCCUAUUGUCUUUGGAGGCGCUGAUUACGCGCGAAUAGCACCACCGCAUUCGUUUAUCGAUGCGCUUUCAUUCAACCCUAGGCAAUUAGCCGAUCGCUUAUUGGAACUUGAUAAGAGUGAUCGUCAAUACUAUCGUCACUUUUGGUGGAAAGAUUUUUAUCAGGUGCAUUCAGGCUACCAGGAACUAUCUACCCGCCCAUUUUGCGACUUAUGCGAAAAGCUCAAUAGUAAUCUACCUCGCAAAGUUUAUCGUGAUAUCGACGCGUGGUGGUACAACAGCACAAAGUGCUCCGGCCCGGAAGACCAUGGAAUCGUGAUACGCAACAAGGGAAACGAGGACUUACACAGCAUCCAAAUCCCAUGGUCUUUGGAUGACUAAACUGUUCAAAGUGUGCAAAUUGUAGCAGCUCAAGUCAAAAGCGCAUAGUUCAAUCUACAAUGAGCUUGUAUUUCUACGUUUUAGAUGUAAUGACGCCGUGAUUUUCUGUUCAGCAAUACACAAAAUACUAUUUCA